AUGGACGUGUGUGGCUGGAAAGAAAUGGAGGUUGCUCUGGUCAAUUUCGAUAACUCAGAUGAAAUCCAGGAAGAGCCAGGCUACACCACGGACUUCGACUCAACCUGCCCGAAAGGCCGGCCUGGGAGCAGCCCCUUCUCCCGCUGGAGGAUCCACAUCAGUGACAGCACCAACCAUGACACUGCCUUCUCCAAGCUCCCGGGAGACCACGUGGAUCCCGCAGGGCCUGAGCCAGUGGUCUUGAGUGAAGGAAACCAGCGGGUGAUCAUCAACAUUGCUGGGCUGAGGUUUGAGACUCAGCUCAGAACCCUCAGUCAGUUCCCAGAGACUCUCCUGGGAGACCGGGAGAAAAGGAUGCAGUUCUUUGACUCCAUGAGAAAUGAAUAUUUCUUUGACCGGCACCGGCCCAGUUUUGAUGGAAUCCUAUAUUAUUACCAAUCUGGUGGGAAAAUCCGGCGCCCGGCCAAUGUCCCUAUCGAUGUCUUUGCUGAUGAGAUUUCCUUUUAUGAGCUGGGUAACGAGGCUAUGGACCAGUUCCGGGAGGAUGAAGGCUUCAUCAAAGACCCUGAAACACUGCUCCCCACCAGUGACUUCCACCGGCAGUUCUGGCUCCUCUUUGAGGACCCUGAGAGCUCCGGUGCUGCCCGUGGUGUGGCCGUGGUCUCAGUGUUGGUUGUGGUCAUCUCCAUCACAAUCUUCUGCCUGGAGACACUGCCAGAGUUCCGGGAGGAUAGGGAGCUGAAGGUGGUCAGGGACCCCAGCCUCAACACGAGCAAGACCGUCCUCUCCCACACCAUGUUCACCGACCCUUUCUUCGUGGUGGAGUCCACCUGCAUCGUGUGGUUCACCCUGGAACUGGUGCUCCGGUUCGUGGUCUGCCCUAGCAAGGCCGACUUCUUCAGGAACAUCAUGAACAUCAUCGACAUCAUUUCCAUCACCCCCUACUUCGCAACUCUCAUCACAGAGCUGGUCCAGGACACAGAGCCGAGCGCCCAGCAGAACACGUCCCUGGCCAUCCUGAGGACCAUCCGGCUGGUGAGGGUCUUCCGCAUCUUCAAGCUCUCCCGCCACUCCAAGGGGCUGCAGGUCCUGGGGCAGACGCUGAAGGCGUCCAUGCAGGAGUUGGGGCUGCUCAUCUUCUUCCUCUUCAUCGGCGUCAUUCUCUUCUCCAGCGCGGUCUACUUUGCCGAGGUGGACGAGCCAGAGUCCCAUUUCUCUAGCAUUCCUGAUGGCUUCUGGUGGGCAGUGGUCACCAUGACAACUGUAGGCUAUGGUGACAUGUGCCCAACCACCCCUGGGGGGAAGAUUGUGGGCACUCUGUGUGCCAUUGCGGGGGUCCUCACCAUUGCCCUCCCUGUGCCUGUCAUUGUCUCCAACUUCAACUACUUCUACCACCGGGAGACCGAGAAUGAGGAGAAGCAAAACAUCCCAGGAGAAAUCGAAAGAAUCCUCAUCGUCAACAGCGCAGGCUCAAGAAUGGGCAGCACAGACUCUCUUAGUGAGACCAGUGGCGGCUGUUCCACGGAGAAGUCCAGCAAGUGA